AUGAUUGAUGCUGGUGACCUCAAGAAGUACGUUCAAAAGGCAGAAGUCGAGGAUAGGGUAAAACGAAGCAAGCAGGUCCAAUUACCUGAAGGAAACCGAACGCUCAAUUCCAUUUCCUGUUCCGAAUCCAACAGACCCUCUCUAACUUCCCAGAUAGAAAAGAUAUUAAGAAAGCAAUUCAAGGACUACUGCGAACUGUACAAAAUCGACGGAGUCGAAGUUGAUGACCAUGAAAAAUGGAUGAACGCGCCAAUCACAUUCGACGCCGAGGAUAUCGAAGAUGGCAUGGAGGAUCACAAUAACCCCUUAGUUCUCACAUUACCCAUUGCAGGGUGCAAUAUCAGGAAGGUCCUCAUCGAUGGAGGGAGCUCGGUCAAUGUACUGUUCUAUGACACGUUAAUACGAAUGGAGCUGAAUGACGAAAAAUUUAUGUCUUCGUACUACACCAUAUACGGAUUCAAUGGGGCCCUAACGAAGCCUUUGGGGGACAUUGUGUUACAAGUGAACGCAGGACCAAUGAAGGUUGAUACACGAUUCAGUGUAGUUGAAGCUCCUUCCCCUUACAAUGCCAUCAUCAACCGAAGAUGGUUACACAAGAUCAAAGGGGUAGCAACGACCUAUCAUCAGUACCUUAGAUUUCCAACACCUGAAGGGGUAAUGGAAAUAAGGGGAGAUCAGGUCACCGCUCGAGAAUGUCAGACCAUACAAAAUCAGCUCAACAACGAACAUGAUGAGCAGCGUUAA